AAUGAAACUUAGAGAGCAUCUUUUUUCUGUCGUAAAGUAAACGCAAGUUGUAAGAGUAUGAAACUUGUUUGGACUUAAAUUUGUUAAGAUGAGAUGUAAGGAUGGAGGAUGUUUAUUCGUGUUUUAGGACGAAAGUAGACUAUUUUGAAGAAAAGAUAGUUAACUAAUUUCAGUCAUCCCUGGGCAUUGAGCUAACCACAUUCGGUAUCUGGGGACACUUUUAACAAACAAAUUUUUACGUACUAUGAAAAAUAUUAUAUAUACAUAUAUCUUAAACGUAGAUGUAAGUUAUUGGUUGUGUACCACUACACCGUCAUCGCAAAUCACCGUUAAUUAUUCAAUAGCAGGUAUAUUUAAAAAGUAAGAUAUCUUUUGGCGGAACGAAGAUGCAAAAGGACUUAGAACAACGAAUAAACCCGAAAAUUACAAGCAAGAGCUAACAUCAUUACUUUCGACAGUAAACAAGAACAAACCUUAGCAAUGGCCACCAAACGUCAAUCCACUUCCAGUACCACGCUCACCUACGACCUCUUUAUGCAUUUAGAGGAGCUACGGCGACCAACUCAGCAGCCAUUGCGUCUAAACAAAUCGAAAGUGGUGCUGACAACGCGCCUCAUCACAGAAAAUAUACAAAACAUUCAAAAAUGCAGCAACACAGAUUUGAAGGCCAUCACUCGAGAGCUGCAAUUCAAGGAGCAGUUGCGCAAGCAAAUCAUUAGCAUGAAAACUGCAGCAAAGCAGAGUCCAAAAAGCAAUCUUCACAAAAGUGAGAAGGAAGCGCAGAGCGAGCGGCAAUCAGGGUAAACAGUUAAAAAGUGGUUCCUUUUAGUGUGGGGAACUAGUCCGUUUUGCAUGCAAUGUAUUUAGUUUUAGAAAAUUUAAUAAACAGUAAAAAAAAAUGUA